UUUCUUUACUUUAUGGACACUGUUAUUUUUGGUGACUAUGAAUAACUGCAAGGACCUCUUAUUAGCAUCAAAUUCCCCUGAAGAAGGAACCUCAGCCGGAACCUCCACAGUGUUGGGGAGAAAUGGGAUGGUCCAUGAGGGAAUAAGAAAGGAGGACAAAGGAGGGAAGAGGAAGAGAAAGAGAAGGUGCACCAGGGGCAACAAUGCGAGAAGGCGAGGCAAAACAGGGAAAAUCAACCCAACCAAGAGGGAGUCGGGCAGCCAGGGGAAAGAGGCGGAGGAAAGAAGCCAACGAAGGAAAGCGAGAUGGGGAGGGAGAGGCAAGCCAGAGAAGAGGUCCGUGAGUGAGAGCAGCGGAGUCAGGAGGAGUAGAGAGAGGGCGGCAGGGAAACCAAAAGCCAGGAGAAACAAACGGAGGAGAUUUGACCCAAUUUCUCACUCCGAAUCGGAGACCUUACUGGAAACUGAGGAAGCUCCGGCAAGUGGAGGGCAGGACCCAUCAUCUCCUCCUGUUAAAAGGAAAAGGAAAAUGAGAGGAGCAGCAGCCCGUCGGUCAAGAUCGACCUCAAAACACCCACUGGACACUGACUCACUGGACACUGACCCACUGGAGACCUCUGGUUGGUGUGAGGGACCAGAGAUAGAGGGGGAGCAGACUACGGAGCUAAAGUCGCACUCUAAAGAGGUGUUUCAAGAGCUUUACGAGAAAGGGGACUUGAUAGGAUACGGGGGAUAUGGUUGUGUCUAUGCUGGAAACCGGAAAACUGAUGGGAUACCGGUAGCAGUUAAAUGUGUCUAUCGGAAAACAAUAAAGAAGUGGGCAAAUUUGCAGCAGGGCACCGUCCCCCUGGAGAUUGUGCUCCAUCAGCAGGUGUGUGCCCCCCCUGCCUGCGCCAGCGUGGUGAUGCUGCUCGACUGGUUCAGGAUGCCCGACCGCUUCCUGCUGGUCCUGGAGCGGCCCGAGCCCUGCCAGGACCUCUUCAACUUCCUGCAGGACGUGGGCGGUUUCCUGGAGGAGCCGCUGGCCCGGGACUUCCUGCGACAGGCCGUGGAGGCCCUGCUGCACUGCCUUUCCCGGGGGGUGGUCCAUCGGGACCUCAAGCCCGAAAACCUCCUGGUGGAGGCCAGAACCCAGCGCCUGAAGCUCAUCGACUUCGGCUCGGCAAGCCCACUGCAGGACGGGCUGUAUUCUGACCUGGCUGGUACUCUGCAUUACUUUCCACCUGAAACAAUCCUACGUGGAGAGUAUCAGGCAAUUCCUGCCACAGUCUGGUCAGUGGGAAUUCUGCUCUUUCACAUGGUAUGGGGCGAUGUGCCUUUCUCCGAUGACAAUGAAAUUGUAAAAGGGACACUUCACUUUCCCAGAGAUAUCUCCAGAGAAUGCCGUAACCUGAUUCGCCGCUGCUUGACUUCCUGCCCUAGCAACCGGCCUACGAUGGAGGACAUCCUGCUCCAUCCCUGGAUGAAGCAAAUUGGAAAGUAGCAUUGGACAAGUCAUACUCACGGCUUCCCUACACAGAAUACUGUUUUGUUGGAGAAUAAAUAAAAAAAAAACAUGGUUUUAAGA